GGACGCAAGGUAGUCAGUGGGGAAUAAGUGCAGAAACAGAAGACAAGAUGGUGCUAUACAUGGACAUGGAUGGCCUUCUUCUGGUGGCAACAGGGUUGGGUCACAUGGAACAAGAGGAAGGGCUAGAGCCGCAUUAUGUCAAGGGUGAAGAAUGCUUGGAGAACCUGAAGGAUUUGCAGCGGUACUUGCGGAGGGACAACCCAGUGACAAGGGAUGUGUUUUACCAACUGGGGCAAUGGAAUAUCGUACAGCAGGACCUGGUGCCUAUUAUUACUACCUACAGGCAUGACGGGGAUCUUGUCCUGAAUGCAAUUAAGGUCCUUGUUUUCUUGACUCUUCCGGUUUCCCCGGUGUCGGAAAACGCCAACAAACAAUACGAGAGUCUUCAACGUUUCAAGUCAGCACUCCUCGAUGGGGAUGUGCUUGCAAUAACUGUUGCACUCCUUGAGAAGCCGUUGGAGAACAUUGAAAGUGGGAGGGCAGGGGAAGAUGAUUGGAAGCUUGUUCAGCUCAUUAUCACACUGUUUCGGAAUCUGCUUGCAAUACCAGACCGAGCUCCAGGGCAGUUUUCCUCGGAUGCACAUCUUGGGUAUAUGAGGGAUGAGCUAAUUGCCAUGUACACCAAGGAGAGCAUUCUGGAUCUGAUACUGAGCUUGGUCCAGUGUUUUGCAGAGACACACAGCCCUCUUCUAAAAGAUAGCAUGCUAUUUCUUGAGAUCUUCUACUACAUCUUCAAGGGUCAAAAGGCAUCAGCAAUAUUCUCUUCUAAGCCUUUAGAGGGAUCAGGACGAUCCAGAAAGGGUGGCAUCACCACACACCCCUAUACGCCUGAAGAAGAGGCCAAGGCCACCGCCAUUCUGAAGGAGAGAAGGGAGAAGAAGGAGGCCAAGAAGAAGGCCUUGAUGGAGGAGCAGGCGGCCAAGUUGAAAAAGAUUGAUGAAGAGAUGGCCAGGGAGAAAGAAAGAUUGAAAAAGGAAGAAGAGAAGUUGAAGGAGGUGGAAGAGGAAGAGGAAGAAGACGAAACGCCACUGCAAAGGAGGAGAGGGCAAUACAGUGGCAGCAAAGAUGAUGAGAUGGGAAGCGGAUUUCAGAAAGAAGAUGUCAUAAAGCGGCAAGCGUUGGAAGAUGAGAAGAAGAUGGAGUGGAAACUGGCAGUGAUGAGGGAGAAAAAGAGGAGAGUAGACGCGGCAGCAGAGGCGGCAGAAGAGUUAGAGGAGGUGAAAAAGAUAGAAGAGCAGUUAGCCGCCCAGACUGAACUCCCAAAGCAAAUGCAGGUCAUAGCCCGAAACGUUGCACGCCUAGCACGAAUCCAGGCGGAGCAGUAUGACUUUAGUAGGAGUCAACACAUAGCUGUGCGUUCAAUACGAUUGGGAUUCCGGGACUUUGCUCGCGAGCUGGUAGGCGCUGUAGGCACCGAGGUGGGUCAUCGCCUCGAGAAGACUGAGCGGUUCUGUGUCGGCGCCAUUGAAGGCAUCAAGGCGGCAGCUCCCAAGGAAGAGGAAGCACGACCGCGCCGGGAACCGGUCAAAGUCAAAUUCCCUGAUUCCUACAGUGGAAAAAGGGAAGAGAACUUUGACAAUUGGGAGGCCAACGUGAAGACCUAUGUGCAUCUGCAACAGGUCUCCGCAGAUCAGCAUGUUCUAAUUGCUAUCCACGCGCUUAGAGACGAGGCCGCCAAUUUUGCAAGGUCCCUAGUUCGUGCUGCCAACUGCAACGAUGAUGCAGUUGCGUACUCGUCGUUCACUCCCCUCGCCGAUUUUCUGAAGUUGCUGCGCGAGCGAUUUGCUGAUGUCGCUCGAAGUGUCAAGGCCUCAGAUAAACUCCAGACGAUCCACGCUCGUAAGUGGAAGAGUGCCAGGGCACUCAAGAGCACAAUGGACGAAUUGGUAGUUGUCCCCAACCACGGGGUCACAGACACCCAGUUGGUUGCCCUCUUCUAUCGAGCUAUGCCCGAAGCUUUUCGCAGGCAUUUCUUCGCGAAGAGCGAAGACCCUGCCACCACAUACGAUUCCCUUAGUCGUGAGGUGGUGGCUUUUGAGGCAAAGUCAGUGUCAAUCUCCACCUUCUGGCACAAGGACUUAGAUAAGGGUAAGCAAUCGAAGGGCCGCACUAUCUCUGGACAAGUGAAGACUAAGGAUAGUCUUGUCCUAACCUUAGAUGAGGGUAGUGUGGAUGAGAUCCCCUACGAUCAGAUUGAGUGGGGGUUAGAGGAGAAGGGCAGCGGUGUGGGCCAGGGGAGGACUUACACUGCUCUCCCGGCGGAGGGAGGCCGCAAGGAGGAGGACGAGGCCAGGGCCAAGGGGGCCGGGCCUCAGGGAGCGGAUUUCAGGGCAAUCAGGGGGUUGGUGGCAGAGGAGGAAACCGCCAAGCGGGAGGAAGGGGUCAAGGUCCCCCGCAAAACCGUCCUAGGAACAGGUCUCCCUACAGGGGACUUAGCUGAGCCGCCGACAGGAACAGUGCCGUGGCCCAUCCAACACCGUAUUGAGAUAGAGCCGGGCAGUAGAACUCCUAAGGGCGAUGUGUAUAGGAUGUCCCCGCGGGAGUUGGAGGAGCUGCGGAAGCAAUUGGACGAGCUCCUUGAAAAGGGUUGGAUUAGGCCCAGUUCGUCUCCUUUUGGAGCACCUGUCCUCUUUGUUCCCAAGAAAGAGGGAGAGCUGAGAAUGUGUAUCGACUAUAGGGGUCUGAAUGCAAUUACAGUGAAGAAUGCUAAGCCACUACCUAUGAUAGAUGAUCUCUUAGAUCGCGUGCAGGGGGCCAAGUAUUUCUCUAAGAUAGAUCCAAAGUCCGGAUAUCAUCAGAUAGAGGUUCAUCCCGAUGAUCAGUACAAGACGGCCUUCCGGACUAGAUAUGGGUUCUACGAGUUCAUCGUGAUGCCCUUUGGACUGACCAAUGCGCCAGCAACGUUCCAGCGCUCUAUGAACGAUCUGUUUAGGCCAUGGUUGGAUAGAUUUGUUGUAGUCUAUCUAAACGAUAUUUUAGUGUUUAGUAAGACCCUCGAAGAGCAUCAGGGUCAUCUCAGGCAGGUCUUGGAGAAGCUGAGAGAAGCCAACUUCAAGAUCAAUGCAAAGAAGUGCGAUUGGGCGAAGACCCAAGUUUUGCAUUUAGGCCACGUCUUAGAUGGAGACGGCGUCAAGCCAGAAGAUAGUAAGAUUGCAGCGAUUAGAGAUUGGCCAACGCCGCGUACGUUGACAGAGUUGCGGUCGUUCCUAGGCCUAGCCAACUACUACAGGAAGUUCGUGAGGAACUUCUCUACCAUCGCUGCUCCCCUUUGCAGAUUGCUCAGGAAGGAGACCAUCUGGAAGUGGGAUAAGGACUGCACGUCUGCCAUGAAGAAGUUGAAGCAGGCACUGAUAGAGUACCCAGUCCUUAAAAAAAAAGAAGCAUAUAGUGGAAUAUCAAUAAUGAAAGAAAUACUUAACAGGGAGAAAGGGAAGCUGGGCCAGAAAGGCCCGUAUAGGCACUCCACCUUUGGGGGCACAUAUCUCCGGAAAAAUCUGGCUGGAGAGAGGUCAUUGGUGGCGGCAAAUCCUUUCCAGACCAGGCUGGAUGACAUGCCUUGUAGCAUGCAUGUGAAGCGUAAGCCGCUUGCAAAAGAGGAAUAUGUCAGGCCGUCUAGCUAUUCUAUUUGUCUUCUCUUGAAGGACUUUACAGAACAGCUUCUGUCCUCAGGGUAUAAUGGUUUCCUGUUGAUGUUGAUCAUGGCACCGAUUGCUGAGCACAUGCGUCAGUCUAUUCUGACCCGGUGGGUGCCUCGUUUGUUCGGACCUGGGCAAGUGCCUUAUGCGGUGGGAGCAAGUAGCUCCUCGACUGAGCCGCGUACACGUGCCCAGACCGAGGCACGAAGAAGUGAACUGGGUGAGUUCCUCUCCCAACUGCUGGUGGAUAUGGAGUUUGUUGUCCCUGCUGCAAGAGAACACAUCCGGGGUAAAUUUGACCUUGAUGCGAUCUCUAAUCGUUUGGCCAAAGCUAUCACGGGUGUGGAGAUGAUAGCAGCAGCGACCGAAAUCCAGAAGGUUAUUGGCCAGUGUCGUCAGAUACUGGACCAAUUUACCAUCCAGCAGUUGGAAGAAAUAGCUCAGCGAAAGGAUGGUGCACCAGAAGUGAAAGUGGAAAGCAGUGAAGAGAACAUACAACAGUUAAAGGAGACACUCGCGAAAGAAGAAAGGAAGCGGGAAGAACUGUUGCAAAAGAAAGAACAGGAAACUAGACUACAGCAGAGAAUGGGUAGAGUACAGCAGUACGUUUCCUUAGAUGAAAAAGAUGUUGCUCAUACGCUCGGACAAAUAUUGACGUAUUUGGCUUUUCUUGAAGAAAAAUUGGACCAACAACAAUCCAGAAUGGAUGAACUUGCUGUUGGCCUUCAUGUCAUUGCUAGCAUUAUCAAGGGAAAAGCCCCUGUGCUUGAAAAUGAUGAAGAGAAAAAAGAUAAAGAAAGAAGAGCGGACGUCAAGCCCGAUAAGUUGCUUAUUGGUGGAAUGAAAAAUGGCGACACAACGAAGAAGGAAACGGUAAAAGAAACCGAGAAGAACCCAAAAGAGAAGAAACCCGAAGAGAAGAAACCUGAUGGGAAUGGCAAUGGAGAUGGGAAUGGGAACGGGAAUGGCAAUGGGAAUGGUGGUCCCUCCGGUCCCACUCCCUCUCCUAAGGACAAUGCCAAACCCRCAGAUCCGACUAAGCCARARAAAAAAGAAARGGUGAAGAUGAAAUUGCCUUUUACUUUUUCUAAUAAGAAAGAAGAAAGCCUUCCACUCUGGAUCGCAGAGAUCCAGACCUAUGUUGGGACCGCACCGGUAGAAGAAGAGUCGCAAGUUGCGUUCACCACUUCUUGUAUGGGGGGUGAGGUGAAGCAAUGGGUUCUGGCAGAAGCAAAUGCCGCGGGGUUUGACGAUAUAGGUGAGUGGGCGAAGACUAUGACCUUGAAGAAGUUCCUUGCAAAAGUCAAGGACCGUUUCUUGGACAAGACUACGACCGAUAAGGCCUUCGACCAACUCACCACGAUAGGACAAAAGUCCUGGUCUUCAGUUGAGUCAUUGUCUCGUGAGGUUGACCGACUGUUACAGACUGUGAUGAAGGAGGUCAAACGCGUGGAUCAAAGUUCUGCAAAUGAUACUCUAAUGUUCUUUAAGGUGGCAGAUUUUAUGACAGCGUUCUACAAGGAACAUCUUCAGAAGCUCAAGGGAAAGAAGAAGAAAGUGGGUAGUGGGCCACUGGAUGGACAGCGACGACCAGAAGAAAGCGAUAACAGUACUCUGGGGUCUGGCUGUGGGGCGAUUGCUUCUACCAUGGGAGAAGAAAUGUUCACCUUUGUUUUAGAAAGGUGGCAAGGGUUUGCAGCAAUGGACGCGAAAGAGGUCAAAGACUGGGCACCACUGGGUGCUUCUGGAUCACUUCUAAAGAACAUGAUUCAUGUUCUUGAUUUGGUGCUUAAAACAUCAGACGAAGCAACAGCCGAAGGUGCCCGAGAGAUCAGGGUGGCAAAGGUGCUGAUGUACAAGCUCUUCUAUGAUCAAUCUGAAAGUGGUGUUCUGUCUACGCUGCAAGUUGUCAUGAAAAAUUUCAACAUUCACCUGCAGCCACGCAGCCAUCUGCUGGAUGUCGUGGAAGCCACUCACAUUGUGCUGCGGAUGAUGGAGGAGCUCAUUGCUGCUGAAGGACAGCUGAUGGUAAUGAAGAAGACAAGGAGAAAGCGCAAGCGAAAGGCAGCAGCUGCAAAGGAGUUGGUGGAAGGCGCAGAGAAGGGUAACAAUGCUGCAGAACGACCAGGUCAAAUGGAUCAGCACGAGGGUGAAAGACGAAAUCAGGGUGGUGAUGAUAAGAUGGGCAAAGAGGGCAGGAAUAUGGAUGAGAAGUUCGGAGACGAGGACAUAAACAGCAGCAGAAAUGAGGCUGAGAAUACGAAAUCGAAGGAGACUCGAUUCGGCACACAGAAUGACGAAGAGCAGACUGUUCUUUUGGAGGAAGAAGAUGAGGUUAUCGGCUUGGGCGAUGACAAUGAGGAUUCCGACGACAACAGUAUGGAGAGAGAAGCUCCCAUGACAGUCAAAGAAAUGCGGCUAGAUCUACAGCGCUGCUUCUGCAUGUUUUCAGAUAAUGCCAUUGUCAGGAACUACUGCUGGCUUCUUGGAGACUACCUGAACAACGCGCCUGCCGUUAAUCACUAUAUCAUCCGAAUGAUGACAAGAAUUACAGAAUGCGGACUUGAAGCUGUAUACUGGCAGGAGUUAGAGAAGGAGAGGAAGGAGGCCUUGCUGAGAAGGCAAGUAGCCCUCCUAGAGACUGUUCCCUCACUGACUGAAGAGCAGUGCGGGGAACAGUUGCAGUCCAUCCUCACAGCCUUUGUUCAAAUCAGGAAUCUUGAGGACCAUACCACUCAGAUCGCUGCAGUCUGUGCAAAACUGCAGACACUUCAGGAUGAUCUGGCUGAGAUGACCCUCAAGUACCAUGAACUGACAAAGGAGGUGGCGGAUCUGCGACAAGCCCAAGUGGCCAACCCUCUUCCUCUACCUCCUGGAACUGAAGCUGCGUUCGAAACUACCUCUGCGCCUCUUACUGUGUCUUCUUCUACAUCUUCUUCGAGUGUGAUGGCAACUCCUUCAGGACCUGCAGCAGGUGCAGAUUCCACUGUUGCUGUAACAAGCAAUGAGGCUGGAACUUCUGCAAUUGCUGCAGCCCCAAGACCGGAACCAGCUGCUGCUUGUCCCAGCCAUGCCAGUCCCUAUGUGGACCGGAAGGCGGUUCAAAUACCGUCCAAGUACGAUGGCAAGGAAGACAUCGAGUCCUGGAUCGGCUCCAUGAGGGCCUACUUCGAGAUCCUGGGGACUCAAGUUGAGACCCAGACAGUUAUCAUGGGUAUGAAUGUCGAGCCAGUCGUACGAGGCUUCCUAGAAGUCCAAGCAACGCGGGCUGGGUUUCAAAAGUCUGCACUAGCCAAAUGGCUAAGGUCCACCCCGGUUGCCUCCCUCGAAGAACUCCUUAUCUCAGAAUACCAAGAUCCACAUGUUGCUGCUAAAGCAAGGAUUCAACUGGAUAAAGUAAAGCACAACAAGUGGAAUGGCUCCAUGAAAAGCCUGCAAACCUAUCUAAGCAAGUUGUUUGCCACUCCUGGUUUGGAAUUGUCCACUCAAUCUUGCUUAGAUGUGGUCAAGAGCGCGGUUCCAACUAACUUCACUAGUCGCCUGGGCAGGGACUACAUUGCUUAUACUGACUGGCUUGCCUUAAUGAAGGAUGUAGUCAGUCUGGAGGCCAUGGACCUCGUUAGCACGACAGGCAGCAAAAAGCCCAUGGGCGGCAGACGGUUCAAGGGCAGCAACCGUUUUGUUGUGCAUGACCUGCUGGAGGCCGAAGGAGAAGCCGAUGCGGUUGACCCCACUCUUGGUGACGACCAAGAACAGGACUCCGGCGGGUGCAAGGUCUUCUCCAAGAUCGAUCUCAAGUCUGGCUACCACCAGAUUGAAGUCGAUCCUGCGGACCAGCACAAGACUGCGUUCAAGACGCGCGAUGGGCUUUAUGAGCUUACCGUAAUGCCCUUCGGUCUUACGAACGCACCAGCCACGUUCCAAAGCCUUAUGGACAGUAUCCUCCGCGAACAGAUUGGCCGGUUCGUGGUAGUGUACCUGGACGAUAUCCUGAUUUUCAGCAAGUCCAUGGAGGAACACCUCAAGCAUCUUGAGGAGGUACUUGCCAUCCUCAAGAAGACGCAGCUCCAUCUCAACUUGGAGAAAUCCGAGUUUGGGAGGGAUAGCGUCAUCUAUCUUGGGCACCGGUUGUCUGUUGCAGGCCUAGAGCCUGAGGCAACCAAGAUUGAGGUCAUACGCGAUUGGCCUCAGCCUGUGAACAUUCGUGAAUUGCGUUCUUUUCUUGGUCUCACGUCGUACUAUCGGAAGUUUGUACGCCGUUUUUCUAUCAUUGCUCAUCCAUUGUCGCGACUAACCAGCAAGAAUGUGUCUUAUUCCUGGGAUGCCGCGUGUACGGAAGCAUUCCGAACUCUCAAGGAAGCCUUGGCAAACCUUCCUCUAGAGUCUAUUUCUCCAAUCAGUCUCACUGAUUUGAGGUCCAACCAAGGGGAGGAAGAAGAGGACGAGAAGGAUGACGAGGAGGUAGACGACGAAGAUGAGGAGGAAGACGAGGAGGUAGACGGCGAAGAUGAGGAGGAGAAUGACGAAGAUGAGGAGGAGAAGGACGAAGAUGAGGAGAGAAAGGUAGACGAAAGGCGACGGCGAGGGGGAUUAAAAAGAAAAAAAGAUGCUGACGUGGCAGGGGAGGAAGACGACGACGAAAAGGACGGCGAGGAGGAGGUUGACGGCGAGGAUGAGAAGGAGAAGGACAAAGAUGAGGAGGAGAAGGACAACGAUGAGGAGGAGAAGGACGACGAUGAGGAGGAAAAGGACGCCGUGUCUAUCCUGUGUGUGCUGUACAAGCUAAUGACAGAUAGGAGACUGGAGAAGAAUUCCACAAACGAUUACAUGGUGAGGAUGGUGACAAAAAUUGUCCGAGGGAUGUUUGCCCGAAUGAAGGAAGAUCCCUUAGUGUUCAUGGAGGUCCUUUUCUGGAAGACGCAAGCGUUUGCUCGCCAGCUUACGAAAGGGGAGCAAGGCAAAACACAGAAUGUUAUCAUUGACGACAAGAAGAAAGACCUAAGGGAAGCCCUGGGCGAUGAAGACGAUGCUGGUGCUUCCACAGGCUGCUAUGCAGGAAGGGUGCCCAUCCUCCAUCCACGUCAGCAGCAAUCAAGCAUGGCGCAGAUCUUCCUCUUGGAGACCAACAGCAAAGCACACGCGGCUUCACAGAUCCUUGAAGAAGAAGAUGAACCUGCCGAUGACAGGCUCAUCAGACGGCGGACAGAGAAAGCAAAGAGUAGUCAGGCAGGUGAGGUGUUGGUGAGUGAAGAGGAUGCCGCAGCCAGGAGGAGACGAAGAGAAGACCAGCUUGCGGAUAAGGAGAUGAAGGAGGUUGACAUAGAUGAUCUUGAUGAGAAGGUCAUCACAAAGAGGGUCCGCAAACUUGUGCGAGAACGAGGUCCAGGAGACUCCAUAUCCAUUGAUUUUAUGGAUACCAAGAAAGCGGAAAGAGAGAGAAGGGAGAGAGAAGGUGUUCCUUUUGAGAGUGUGAGGAGGGGUAAGAGGAGUGUUCGUCUGCGGGCCCCUCUUGAGAGAUCUACUGACGCCCUAUCCUCCGGCAUGGCAGAAAUCACAUUCGAGCAAUGGAAGGCCAUGCUGGAUGCAGCGGCCGAGAGCGAGAAACCUUUCUUUCAGAAACUUUAUGAGGACGCAAUGCACAAAGAGAGGGAGGCAAAGGCAGCAGCCAAAGCCACAAGUAUGGCUACACAAGUGACCCUCAUCGAGGUUCCGGAAUCUAGUGACGACCGGUUCCAAGAGACGCUAGCCUUGGUUCAAUUGCGGACCUUGGAAGAUCCCGAGUCCCGUGUGACAGCUUUAGAGCAGCGGAUCCAAGAGCUGCAGGCUGAGAUAGUCAGCCUCAAACAGUCCCAACUGCCUGCCCCCCGUCCUCCUAAUCCUCGUCCUGCUGCAGUCCCAGUCUCUCACCCUAACACAGUCCUCGUGUCGAGAGCAAGUGGAACUGUGACGAGUGCAGGAACCAGUGUCAGCUCCUCAAGCGGCAGCGCCGACAGUUCGGCACUGGUCCUAGUCCCAAAUGCAGGAACAUCAGCCCAAAACGCCGCAAUUCUUACUGACAUACAAUACAACGGUACUGUAGUGGACAAGAGGGCGGCCACACUGCCGUCCAAGUACGACGGGAAGGGGAACAUCACCUCUUGGAUCAGCUCAAUGCGCUCAUACUUCGAGGUACUGCGAACACCGCAUGAAGACCGAAGCAUGAUCAUGGGCACAAAUACUGAGCCCGCCGUACGGAGUUUCAUAGAACUCCAAACUCUUACUGCAGGUUAUGAGACGAUUGACCUGACUGAGUGGUUGAAGGCAACUCCUGUACAUAUUCUUGAGGACCUCCUCAUCGCGCAGUAUCAAGAUAAGCACGCUGCGCUCAAGGCAAGGCUAAAGCUUGAGGCCCUCAAGGGGCAAAAGUGGAGGACUUCCAUGCAGGCUUUGGAGCAGCACUUGACUGGUCUGUUCACUACUCCAAACCUGGGAUGGACUGACGUGUCUUGCAUGGAUGUAGUAAUGGGAGUGGCCCCUGAAGGCUAUGUCUCCCGACUAGGACUCAAGGACCAUACGACUUGGUGUGAGCUACUGACGGAUCUAGUCAAUCUAGAAGCCAAGGACCUCGCCAGGCGUGCGAAGACACCCGCUGCAGGUAGAACCUCACAACGCAAGUGGUACGGAAGCAGCAACCAGCUUGCCCUGCAUGAACUUCGGGAGGCUGAGGAUCAGUCCUAUGUGGAUGAUCUGUCUUUAGAUGACGAUCUAGAGUCGGGCUCCGGCGUGGGCUGUUCUACAUCAGCCCUUGAGUCUGACAUGAAUACUGAAGAGAAAUGCAAUGCCUUUAAAAAGACUGCUUCAUGCAAGGGGCCUAACCGUGGUUCAGGUAAGGGAACUAUAGCACACCUCCCCAAGAAUGCAAAGAUCCUUGAGAAACUGGAGGAUGCUUCCACCAAGUCUUGGGAAGCCCUGCGCAUUGGAAUGCUAUCGUCUGCAGGGAAACAGGUAAAGGGCGUAGAAGUGUCAUCAACACUCUCUACAACAAGGGAAGCUGAACAGUCAGUUGCAGGCCCUCCAAGGAGCCUGAAUCUGAUCAACAACCUGCUCUUGAAGCCCGGACUGAUGCUGAAUCCUAGGUUGUUGCAGUUCAAGUACUUCACACUGAGCCUUUGGAGGAGACUAAGGAAGUCAACUUCCACUCUCACCUGGAACAUUGGCUGUAGCUCAAGCAGCAACACCGUGUUCAAGGGAGUGUAGAACUGAUCUUCUUUAAGCUGCUCAUUAACCGCCGAUACAUCCGUGUGUUGAUUGAUACUGGCUCAACGACUAACUUCUUUUCUCCCAACGGGAUUCGUAAGGCGGGCCUGGGAAUGAAGCAAGUGGAAUUGC